GAAUGAAGAGAAACGCAGAAAAGAAGAGGAGGAGAUGCUAAAGAAAAAGAAGGCGAUGAACAGUUUUGCAAAGUUUUUCAUCAAGAAAGAAGCCACAGUUCCAGCGAAGCCAAAAGAGCAAGUUCCGAAACAGUCGAAAUUUCAGCCGUUCGAGCUGAAGCCUUUUAUGAAGUUGGCAAGCACGCCCUACAGGAAGCCCUUGUCUGAAAACGAUAGACAGCAAUUGUCGAGAACCAUUGUGGAACAGGUAACCACUAGUUUACGUGAGGUGAAAAAAGAGCUCCUUGCUUUGAGAGAAAUUGCUCGUGAAAUCAAGCGGGAGGAUGAACAAACUGAAGCACAGCGCGCUACAGAUAAAGGUGACGACGAUAUUAUGAUCAUUGAUGAUGAUGACGUAUGCUCUGACAGCAAAACCCAGAAAGAAUCAACUGAACAAGAGUUAAGUAAAGUGAAAGCAAAAUUACUCCAGUUUCAUGAGAACUAUAGACCAGCGUAUUUUGGUAGCUGGCGAAAGAAUAGUUCCAGUGUCGGGCCAAGAACACCUUUCAAGAAAGACGAGGUUCUGAUGAAUUAUGAAGUGGACAGUGAUGAAGAGUGGGAAGAAGAAGAGCCUGGGGAGAGUUUAUCAAACAGUGAGGGCGAAGAUGAGGACGAAUCCGGUCCUAACGAAGAUGAAGAUGACCAAGAUGGGUUCUUCGUACCCCAUGGCUAUCUUUCUGAUGACGAAGGAGAUGCUGAUGGUAAAGAUGACGCCAUGGAACAGGUUGGCGAAAAGAUUUCUCAGCUUAAUUCAGAGGACAAAAUGGAGCGACAUCUGGCGAAGCAAAAGACAUGGGAAGCUGAAUUAAAAAGGCAGUUUAAACCAAUGAAACCUGUUGCCAUCGGAUGUGUAUGGGAAGAGGAGAUGCCGACCAUCUUGAAACAACUCGAAGCAUGUUGUAUGCUUGCUGUGGAUAGCAUUGAUCCCACAACCGCAAGAAAAGAACAUCAAGAGAAUGCUGCAAACUCAAGUCCAACGACUACAGCGACCUAUUGUAACACCGCUAUGCCAGUACCCGAAGAAGCCAUGCCGUUUUUAAUCAAAAUGCUUCACGGAAGCGUGGCUGGACUUCAAAAACUCGUGCGCCUCUUUCGCAAGCGCUGGACACUGGAAACGAACAAGGCUGACAGUCGAGUCUCCGAGGAGACCUGGGAGCAACAUUGCACCGUAUCAAAACGGCAAGUCGAGAGGAAGAUCACCGCGAUUGCCAACAAGGAAAUUAGACCCCCGACGCCCAAACCUCGAUGGUACGUUGGCUCGAAGAUCCUGGCUUUGUAUAGAAUGGAAAACAUUGAGUUAGCUACAAACGGUUUGAUUCCGACAGUUUUCGCCUCUAAAGAAAAAUCGACUUCUCCUGUGUUACAAAAAAUAAUUUUACAAAACAAAUCGCCGAUAAUUUCAUCGUUUUCAAAUACAAAAGAUGCUCCAAUCGCAAAGGUAAAUGGAAUCAUUGAAGAGAAAAAAUCUGACGAUAUUGAAGUCGUUUCGAUGGACACAACGCCACCAGUACGACUGGAAUAAUUUUGUUAUCCGACGAUGUAGGGAUUUGUAAAUCCAGAGGGGUUAAUCUCGGAUGGGAUUAGAUUAUCGAAUCCCUUUUAUAUAGUAUCCAACGUAAUAUAUGUUUUGUAAAUAGUAGAACUGUUGUUUUGUUCGCCAUAAGACGUUGGUAGGAAAUUUUCAAAUUGAUUAAAGUGGAAUUGGUGUUUUUAAGUAGGAAGUUCUUUAACUUGGACACCUCGUAACUCGUUGGGUUAGUCAUGAUUUGUCUCGUACCCAGGCGCGGCCUCAGGUUACUACGCUGUUUCGUGUGGAGCGCGCGGGAAGAAAAUUCCAUUGAAAAAUUUUGAAAAGACCCAUUCUCGUACCCAGAGCCCUUCUUACGCGCGAAUAUAACUGUUAGAGAGAA